GGAAGCAGCGAUAGGGCCAAGGGUGCACAGCAUGGCCGGCGGUGCCGGUAGUGGUGUCUGGAUAGGCCGCAGUGAGGUGUAGAGCCUGUCUUUGCACCAUGCCUAAAUACUAUGAGGAUAAAGAGGAGGACGGGCAGGCCUGCGGGGGAGUGAGGGAGGACCUGCGGCAGUGUCUGCUGGAGAGUCCCUGCGUCCUGCAGGAAAAUAAAAGCCCGAAGCAGUGCUUGAGGGAAGGACACUGUAGAAGUUUGCAGAUGACGUUCUUUGCAUGCAAAAGAUCGAUGUUGGAUACCAGGGCAAGAUUCAGAGGAAGAAAAGGAUACUGAAAUCUCCAUGAAGAGGCACAGCCCUGGGAAAUCAGGGCUCAUCAGCACUUUACACAAAACAGAGACUAAAGGAAGAAGACUAUCUGCUGCAUCCUUUUAUACAGUAAUUUCGUGGAAGGUACCUAAUCCUGAGUAUUCCAAUAGAUUGACCUGGAUGUGCAUUUAAAUGUUAAAAUAAAGGCAAGUGUAGAACUGCAAGUUCUGGCCAAAAUGGGGACUUGUCACACACUUGCAAUAAAAGACAUAAAAUCCAGAGUAAGCUGCAGAAGCUAUCAUUCUGUUUUGAAGUGAAGUUGUCUUUUGUGGUUUCACUAAUUCUGAACAUGUUUAGUAUUACAUGUAACACAAGAUAUGAAACUGGAGUUCACUCAACUGGUAUCCCAGAGGAUACCUCAGGAUAGAGCUGUUUGAGUUGAAUGAGGUUCUGAAAUGUAUGCAAGUUGUUUCCACCCCAGUAGGUUUGGUACCCUAUAAACCUGCACUAACAGGUAGGAGCAGUGAUGUUUUUCCAGUCCCGUAUGUACAAGGAUGGCAUCUCUUUCCUCUUGGUACAAAGUUAUUAUUGGUUAUUAGCACUGUCUAGUCUUGUUGGGCAACUGGGUUUACAUUUGGUUACUCUAAAUUAAAAGAUGUCUGAUUUAUCUUUCAA